GCCUUUUGCUGGCUGCGUGCUGUUUGCCAGGGCUGGGGAGGAGGUCAUGGGGAAAAUGUGAUUUUGCUGCCCCCCCCAUCCAUACAAAAUUUUACAAAUUUAUCAUUUUCUAGACUCCAUGGAGUUUUUUAAGUUGACUUACUGAGUUAUUUGCACUCGUGUAUGGGUGCAACAGGGUCUCUUAUUGCUGCAACCAAGGCGGGCUUGAUGUGAGUGGCGGAAGGAACUGAACCUGGGCAGGAUGGCUCUUCUCCAGAGGUUAGCGCUACACACCAUAAAGACAGAAAGUGGCCGCAUCGGAGGAUGCUUUGGGAAACGUAUCGUGCAGAAAGCCCCGGCACAGCUGUCCCCAACUGCUUCUGUCCCAAGACUGUCGGACCUGAUUUUGGCAAAAGGUUUCAGUACCCUGGAAGACACCCAGGAGGAGAAAAAGAAGAAGAAAAAGAGUGAUGCUUUUUCUAACGUCGGGAGGAAAAUUAGUGAGCGAAUUAUCCGCGUCUUUGAUGAGAAGGGCAAUGACCUGGGAGUCAUGCACAGGGCGAACGUGAUCCGGCUCAUGGAUAAGGAGGACUUACGGCUGGUGCAGAGGAAUGCCAGCACAGAGCCCCCGGAGUACCAGCUCAUGACCGGAGCACAGAUCCACCAGGAGCGGCUCAAGACCAGAGAGCAGGAAAAGGCCAAACCGAAGACCGCACCAACUAUGACAAAGGAACUGACUUUUUCUUCAAAUAUCGGACAACAUGAUCUGGACACAAAGAGUAAGCAGAUUCAGCAGUGGAUUGAGAAACAAUACAGAGUUCAGAUCACCAUCAAGAAGGGGAAAAAUGCAGAUGAACCACAGAGUGAAACGGAUGAAAUAUUUAACCAAAUACUCCAGAGUAUGCCUGGAAUCGCUACCUUCUCUAGCAGACCACAAGCCGUCAGGGGAGGAACGGCCUUCAUGUGUGUCCUUCGUCAUCUGAACAAGAAGGAGGAAAAGGCAUACAGAGAUUCUCAGGAGGCCCAGAAAAGAGCCGCUCUGAACAGAGACAAAGGAAGUGACCGGGAGUCCGAUGCUGUGUGUCAGUGAAUUUAAUAAAGAAAAGCGGCCCCCAAGGACGGGUGAGCACAUCACUCGGUUCUUCACGAGGCCGCGGACAGCUGGUGAAGGGCAAGGACCGCCACCGCCGAGAGCACCUUGUCCCCCACGGGGCUGCCCGGCACCUCCAUGCUUGUAGCCGAGGAGGAGUCGGCCUCCGGUUUCCUCUUAGGAGGGAUGUACCCACUCAGGCGAGAGGCCAAGCCCCGUUUUUCACGCGAUGGUUUCACCUUUGGGGAAAAGGAGAACAAGAAAUCCCCGUCAGUAGCACCCUUUCUGGAAGAGGGUCGGCUGGCAGAGCUGGGAAGCGGGCGUCUCCACCCGCAGCGCACUCACCGCGGGCUUCGCCUUCUCCUCGCGGGGGCCGUGCACGGCAGCGUGCCUGGUGAGGCUUUGCUACGGUGAGGGGAGAAGAAAAUCCCUCAACAUCUGGUGUCUGCUCGUGAAAAUGGCAUGAAGGACUUAAAUAAACCAUGAGCCUUUU